CAGCAGAGCUGCAGUCGAGUCUCUCCACUUCUGUCCAAAUAAAACUGAGUCACCAAGUCUUUCCCAACAACACAGCAGAGUCUCUGCCAAACACUGAUAUGUCUGCUGCCAGCUGUCUGCUAUCUGAAGAUCAGUUUCUGUGCUCCAUCUGUCUGGAUGUGUUCACUGAUCCAGUCACCACAUCAUGUGGACACAACUUCUGCAAAAACUGCAUCACUGAACACUGGAACAGUAAUGACCAGUAUCUGUGUCCCAUCUGUAAAAAGGUUUUCAACACAAGACCUGAGCUAGACAUCAACACUUUUAUCUCUGAGAUGGUUUCUCAGUUCAGACAGGAAGCUCAACAGAAAGCCAGCAGCAGCACCUCAGAGCAACAAGCUGCCAAACCAGGAGAAGUUCCCUGUGACAUCUGUACUGGAACCAAACUGAAGGCCCUGAAGUCCUGUCUGGUGUGUCUGAUCUCCUACUGUGAGACGCACCUGGAUCCUCAUCUGACAAUGUCACGCCUGAAAAGACAUCAGCUGAUGGACCCUGUGGAGAACCUGGAAGACAGGAUGUGUAUGAAGCACGAUAAACCUCUGGAGCUGUUCUGUAAGACCGAUCAGACAUGUGUCUGCGUGCUCUGCUCUGUUUUAGACCACAAGACACAUGAGUUUGUUCCUCUGAAAGAAGAAUAUGAAGGAAAGAAGGCAGAGCUGGGGAAGACAGAGGCUGAAAUUCAGCAGAUGAUCCAGAAGAGACGACUGAAGAUUCAAGAGAUCAAACACUCAGUUGACCUCAGUAAGGAAGAUGCAGACAGAGAGAAAGCAGAAGGUGUUCAGGUCUUCAUCGCUCUGAAGGAGUCUGUUGAGAGAAGCCUGAAUGAGCUCAUUGAGACGAUUGAAGAGAAGCAAAGAACGACAGAGAAACAGGCUGAAGACUUCAUCAAAGAGCUGGAACAGGAAAUCUCUGAGCUGAUGAAGAGAAGCUCUGAGGUGGAAAAGCUCUCACGCUCUGAAGACCACCUCCACCUCCUCCAAAACUUCCCAUCCCCGAAAGCUGCUCUACCCACCAACGACUGGACAGAGGUCAGCGUCCGUCCAUCAUAUGAGGGGACUGUGGUGAGAGCUGUGACUCAGCUGGAGGAGACGCUCAGUAAAGAGAUGAAGAAGCUGUUUGAGGCUGAGCUGAAGAGGGUCCAGCAGUAUGCAGUGGAUGUGACUCUUGAUCCUGAUACAGCAAAUCCUCAACUCAUCCUGUCUGAUGAUGGAAAACAAGUAUACUGCGAUAAUGUGAAGAAGAAUCUCCCAGACAACCCAGAGAGAUUUUCUCUUUGUCCCUGUGUUUUAGGAAAGCAGAGUUUCUCUUUAGGCAAAUUUUACUUUGAGGUUCAGGUUAAAGGGAAGACCGAAUGGGUUUUAGGAGUGGCCAGAGAGUCGAUCAACAGAAAGGGGCAAAUCACACUGAGCCCUAAGUAUGGUUACUGGUCUAUAUGUUUGAAGAAUGGAAAUGAGUACAUAGCUGGUAAUAACCCUUCAGUCCGUCUCUCUCUGAAGUCUCAGCCUCAGAAGGUGGGGGUGUUUGUGGAUUAUGAGGAGGGUCUAGUCUCCUUUUAUGACUUAGAUGCAGCAGCUCUCAUCUACUCCUUUACUGGCUGCUCCUUCACUGAGAAACUCUACCCAUACUUCUUUCCCUUUUUUAAUGAUGGUGGUACAAACUCCGCCCCUCUGAUCAUCUGUCCUGUCAAUCAAACUGAGUAGAGUAAUCACCUGUUUUAUUUUAUGAGAGGAUUCAUUGUCAUUUACAGGAACAAAUAUACACAUUCAGUGUCAUAAACUGUACACUUUCUUGUAGAGAAGAGUAUUUUGUGUAUCACAUGAAAGGUGGGAUCUCUAUUUAAAAUUAAAACUAUUAAAACGUCUGAUUAAUUCCAGACAACUUUAUUCUCAAUUCAAGUUGAAAUCAAAGUUCACAAAAAAACCCAAACUUUUCAGUUUCAAGUGUAACAAACAGUCUCAGGCUGCAUCUUUGUAAAUGUGAGGUUUUGCUGCAACUUUCUGCUCUAUAUAAUAGUAAACUGAAUAUUUUGGGGUUUUGGACUGUUGGUUGGACAAAACAUUUGAAAACAUCACA